GUGGGCGGCGGCCCUCGUGCGCGGCCGGGACAUGGCGAAGAGCCUGAGGAGCAAAUGGAAGAGAAAGAUGCGGGCGGCCAAGAGGCAGAAGAACGCGCCCAAGGAGCUGGAGAGGCUGAAGAAAGUCCUGGGAACGAACGCGGACGUCAUCAUGGAGGAGGUGAAGGAGGUGGCAACUGUGCUGACCCCCAAGAAGGUCCUCGAGCAGCGAGAUGACUCCAAAAUGGACAUUGAUAAUAAAAGAAACAAGAAAACUCUUCUAGACCAGCAUGGACAGUACCCAGUAUGGAUGAAUUCCAGGCAGAGAAAGAAGCUGAAGGCACAGCGUGUUAAGGGGAAAAAAAAAUCAAAAUUGGCCAAAGGCUUAGCUUGGUAGAAUCAGAGUUUUGUAAGAUCAUGAAUAUUUUACUUACAAAAUAAAUAUCCCAAAUAAGUACAUGAAAGUUUGGUGCUUUACCACUG